UGAGUGGUUCCUCGGAUCCUUCCAGACACUUCAGAGAGUGUUGUUCGAGCACGGCGAGUAAUCCUCUUACAGCACAAAGGCAGAUAAGAGGUUUACGUCGGGGUUCCUCUCGGACCGAAUGGAGGCAUCGGGAGAGGUUUGUCUGGACGAGCCGCGGUUUUGAAACUUGUGACGGCCGCGGCAGCUGUCCCAGAACCAAAACACGGUGCUAAAAGGAUUGCCUGAGAGGACAUAGGUGACCGUGAUGAUGAAUGAGGCGCAGGUGAACGACCUCAUCCAGCGAUGGAGAGACACUCCCGAGGAUGAGCUGACACCAGAGGACCGGCAGCACUUCAGCGACUUGGGAUGUGCGUGCCUCACCCGGGGAGACGGCGAGCGCUUCCUGACCUUCCUUCAAGAUGACAAAAAUCAGAGGAUGGUGAAGUCCAUGGGCUGCGUCCUCUUGGCCCCUCUGGUGAAGGAAGCCUUGAAGAACCAGAAGACUUGCGACCACGUCCAGGCGGCCAUCGUGCACGUGACUACGACCUGCAGACCGGAUGAAGUCCUGCAGAACUUGCUGGACGUGAUGGAAGACGCCGAUGCGGAUGCUAUUUCCCAGACCCUCGUGGUAGUGGUCGGCCAUCUUCAGACAGGGCCGCUGAGGCUGGAGGAAGGUCGGGCGUCCUCGCUGGGCUCGGCGUUGAGGGUCCUGCACGAGCAGCUCGCUCGGCUGCCGGUGCCGUACAGCGAGCGGCUGGAGGAGGACGACCGGUUGGGCCUGGGCCGCUGCUGCGACGCCUUGAGCGCCUUCACCGAGACCUUCGCGGAGGAGGUGAGGAACGACGAAGCGGGGGAGCGCCGCCAGAUCAAGACGGAGCUGCUCAACUUCUGCAUGAGGAGCCUCAGAGAACCUUUGCUGGAGGCUCUACUGACUCCAGGGAGAAGAACGUCGCCCAUGUGGCGCUUUGCGUCACACAUCAUGGCAACUUUAGCUGCCAUCCGAGAGUCCGCGGCAGAGCUUCUGUUCUUCAGCACGGCGAAGAAGGACAUCCGGAUGGACAAAAGACAUCUUGCCGAGUCUAAAGGCUGCCUGGCGUAUCUCGUGAUUGUCAAGCUGCUGGAUGCGGAGCGCUUCCCCGUCGUGUUCAGCCCAGAAUUUGUCCUUCAGAGCAACGUGGAAUACGUCCAUCAGCUGCUCAGCAGCAAAAAGGAGUCACACGUACUCAAAGGACUGGCGCUGUUUGAAGCAAGCCUGGGGAGAGUGGCGGACAACAGGCUGCCAGCGACUCUGCUGGAGGUGAAGAGCUUCCACGACGUCAAGCAGAGUCUGCUGCAAGUUCUGACUGACUGUCCCAUGCAACAUCUGAGAGAAAGUGGACUGAAGAUCCUACAGCUCCUCAUCAACAAACUCGACGCUGAAGCAAAGCACAAGCUCUUCAGAUGCCUGCUAAAAACCAGCAAGCAUCCAGGAGUGGAAGGUUACAUUGUGAAGAACAUCAGAAAUCAAGUUGAAUUUUCCAUGAAGCCGGGCAACGCCACAAGGUGGUUCCUGGGGGCGGAGUUUGUGUCGCUGCUGGGCCUGGUGUUGAGUUUGCCUCAGGGUGCAGAGACAGACGUGCUUCACAACAUGGACAAGAUCAUGGAGAGCCUGAACCUCCUGCGCUACCUCCUCCUCCGAGACCAACCACUGAGGAACAACGCGGACGUGUGGGAAGGCGUGAGCGGGAUGAAGGACGAGUACACCGAAACGCUGCGCGUGUGCAUCCGCAUGUCGACAGCUUAUUACACGGCCGAGCUCAACCAGCUGAGAGACGAACGCAGACUCAAAGCCAGAGCGGCCAGAGCGUCUACCUGCUCCAGCACGUCCCACCCAAGUCGGACGGUCAAAGGUGAGAAGGUCUCAAAAAUGUCCCCAGAGGUGCAGCACCAGGUUCUGCAGAGCGCUCUAGUGACCUUCGACCUGAUGGAGAGCCUCAUUGUGCGCACGGAGGAGAUCGCGGAGGAAAAGAACACCGACCGGCUCAACGCUGACAAUUUAUGUGUGUGAACAAUAAAGUUUGAAAUGUUUGACACUCA